AUGGUUGUAAAGCACAACAUAAUACCCUGCGUCCUGGAGAUACUUCAUAAGGGCGAAUUCAGAACUCAGAAGGAGGCUGUUUGGGUUAUCAGUAACUUUACCAAUGGUGGUACUGCAGAGCAAUGCGCUUAUUUGCUCAACCAGAAUGUUUUGAAAGCUUUAUCUAAUAUUCUCACGGUUAAUGAGCCGAAGGUUGUGCUCAUGGUUUUGGAAGCCGUCAAGAAGCUUUUCGAGGUCUCCGACCAGUUUGGUCAGUUGGAAUCUGCUUGUAUAGAGUUAGAGACUUGUGGAGGUCUAGAUAAACUGGAGGCAUUGCAAGAUCACAGUAACCAACAGGUUUACGAAACUGCUUAUCACCUGAUUGAAAAGUACUUUAAUGACGUGGAUGACGAUGAAAGAUCAAGUGUGGAAGUCGCUUUUAAUGAAGUACCGGACUCUGAAGCACUUCCAAAUCUACAGCAAGAGUUCCAGUUUAUUGCACCUGAUUCUGUUCCUGGUCAGGGUGGUGAUUUUCAGUUUUGA